AUGGCGAAGUCUGCAUUUCAACCCCCCCACAUGUUUGCGACGGUUCCGCAGAGUGCGGGCGCGCGUCGUGGCGCUAUCUACGCCGUCGCCGCUCUGAGCUCCGCGUUCGUUGCGUGGGUCGUUCACACGUGGUGGAAGCGGCGGUGUGGGCCGACGGGAGACGACGGAAUAUUUGACGACGUUGCGGAGUCCCCGCUCUUUGACCCCGGCGUGGUGUUCCCAGCGAAGGCGGCGGUGGCUGCGAGGGCCCCCGACGCCGUGAAGGACGCAGGGGGCGCCGGCCCCGUCCAGAUAGCCGAGCGUGAGGAGGCCCUGCGGGUGGCGCGGAAGCUCAUGUCGCAGCUGCGUGGCGCAGGGGACGAGGAGGAGGAGGAGGCCGAGGAGGCCUCCGGCUCGGACGAGGAGACGAACGUGUCCCUGAACUACCGCAUCGCGACGGAGCUGGAAAAGGAGGCCCGCGACGGCCUGGUGCAGAUGGUGGUCCAUAGCGAGCUGCUGAAAGCGCAGGCGCAGGGUAAGAGCAUCGACCCCGGCGAGUGUGAGGAGGUCCUGGCAAGGCUGGUGGAGUACUUCGACGUCUCGAACGAGCGCGAGAAGCUGCGUGAGCGCCGCAUCGCCCUGCGCCAGGCGGGGGCGCCCAGCAAUGGCUUCCCAUGGGCGAACACGGGCGGCUACAACGAGCGCGUCGCCCAACAGAUGAAUAAAAUCAAUGAGGCCUACAACGACUUCUUCUUGCGCGAGGGGGAGUUGGAUCGGCGCCUUCGUGCACCCAACGACGACGCCGUGGAGGAGCGCUUUGAGGCGGGUUGGGGGGGCGACGACGACGACGACGACGACGACGCCGACUUCAUGGAGUACCUUGACGGGGACGAUGAGGCUGGGUACGGCAGCCGACUGGAGUACCGCAUGGGGGCCGUGGAGAGGGAGAACCUGCGCAGGAUGGGACUCGACCGCGAGAUGCUCUUCGACGACGACGACGGCGACGACGACGAAGAUGGGGAGUUUGAGGAGGAAGAGGACUCCGACGACGUGGAGGAAAAAGCCCGCUUCGAGCGGAUGCUGCUUGACAAGCUCCGUCAGCUGGCAGCGAGCGUUGGGGAGAAGGCGACUUCCUCGAAGCCGUCACUGCGCACGGGGGUCGCGGGGCCGCCGCGCCCCAACGGGGCUAUGGCCACCCCCGGCGUGCAGCGGCGCUCGGAGUCGGAGGAGGGAGACAGCCAAAAUGAAUGGGAGACUGCGAGCGACGAGGAGGAUGCCGCCGCCGCUGACGAAGGCGGGAGGAAGGAGGGGUAG